UUUCAAGGCCCUUACCGGGCCUCGGGACCGCAAGAAGACGACGCACGUUGUAGGCCCUGGGUGCCAGCGGACGCCACCCCAAGCCACCUUGGGGGAAGCUCGGCCCUCUGGGGAUCGACACCGCACCGCCACCUGCCAGGCUCUUGGGCCGCCAGGGAGAGCGCUGAUAACGAUCUCUUUAUGAGCGAACGCCGAUACUUGAUAUACCGGCUCGGCCCCAGGCGGAAGGAACGUCGGCCAGAAACGACGAACCACCUAAUCCAGCCAUGGUGACAAGGAUGCAGCUUGCCCAGGACUUCCUCCCCAGGAACAGCGUCUAGGGAUGGUAAGGGUCCGUUCUUUGGCGACGCUCUGCAUCCUCCCUAACUUCUCCUUCACUUCUUCCUCCCCCUCCUCCCCUCCUCCUCCUCCUCCUCCUCCUCCUGCUCGUCCUCCUCCUCCUCCUCGAUCGCCCCUCCCCACAGACAGCGGGAGGGAAGCCUUCAGGAGCCUAGCUCGUUGCCUCCCCCCAGAGUUGUUUUGGGAGAGCUGUCGCGUCACAAAACAAUCACGACGGACGUGUCAUUAGUACGCUUUCGAAUGUUAUCGUUAUUAUUAUCGCCAUGUCUAUGAUCCUGAUAUUUGGUCGCAGUUGUAGUGUUUUUCUGUUCGGCCACUCGGGUCCUCACCACGGUCGAAACGCUGUGAAAAAAAACACGGCGUCGGUGGUCUUGGCUCGUCCUGCUGGCCCUCCUGCUGCUCACGCCGCUGCUGCUCCUCCUGGCACCAGGUGCGCCGGCUGCGACCUGCAGGCCGACGAGGGGUGGUUCGGGCAGAGGAAGUUCGAGGGCGUGUUCUUCUGCAGGGCCUGCUGGGGGGGCUGGCAGGAGGAGCCGCGGGUGCCCCCUGUGUUCGUGCUGGGGCUACCGAAACUGGCACCACCUCGCUGCAGAGCGCCCUGGAGUCUGCCGGCUUCAGACCGCUCCACUGCUACGCGCCCAAGCCGUGGGCCUUCGCCGAGGAUCGGGGUUCGCGUCUGGGGUUCGCUUCGGCAGGCGGCAGUGGAGAAGGGCAAGCGUCCGCUCGCCUUCCUGCCGCCCUGGGUGGACGCGGUGACCCAGAUGGACUGCUGGUGGUCCGAGCCCAGGGCCGCGCCGAGCACGGCGACGCCCGCGGCGUCCGGCGCCGCGGAGGCUGGGGAGCGCCCCGGCGCGGCGGCGGAGCGGCCGGGCGAGGCGGCGCCAGACGCGGCUGCGCCGCGCCGUGGUGCGGAGCCGGAGGGGCCCGCAGCCCGAGGCAUCUUCCCGCAGAUCACCAUGCUGAAGGAGCUGGACAAGGGAUACCCGGGCGCCAGGUUCAUCCUCAGCACGCGCGACACGAGGGCUUGGGUGCAGUCGGUCACCAACUACUACCACCUCAGGCAGAUCCUGGUGGACGCCGACCUGCCGGGUCUGCCCAGCGGCGUCGGGAGUGCCGACGACGAGCUCGCCGCGUGGUUCGAGGCCCACACGGCUCGCGUCCGGGCGCACUUCGCCGGCCGGGAGGCCGAGGUGUUCAUGGAGUUUUCCCUGGAGGAGGGCGACGAGCGCAUCCGCGACCGCCUGCAGCGGUUCCUGGGCCGGCCCCUGGAGUGGGGGCGGCAUAACGAGACCACGUGGGCCUGAAACGCCGCGCUCGGGGGCGGGCCCUGCCGUGGGCCCGGUGCGGGCAGCGGCGGCGGUCGCGGGCCUGCCGAGAGGGUGCCGCUGCCCCCCAGCGGCACUGCGUGGGCGCGCGGGGCCCGCGCCGUCCGCGGAGCCCAGCGCCGCCCGCUGGCGGCUCAAAGAUUCACGACCUCAGUUGCCCUGAUACGCCCGUGGAGAAAGUCUGGCUCCACGUCGAGCCGCAUCCUCGACACAUCGGCGAUGCGGAGCGACUCUUCGAACCCCAUCUGCUCGGGCCGCCUCUGCGAGGCCUGGAGCCUGGUCGUUCCCGACGUGGGCACGAGAGGCCAGCUCAGCUGCACUGAUGCGCCCGUGUUGGAACGCAACACGUGCCGUGUUCAACACGUCCGUGUUAGCAUGCUGCUCGUUGGCUCGGCAGGUGUUGGUCCACGUUUUGGCGACAGUAUCGCCUACGUUUCCAGUACGUGUUGAGCUCCGCGUUAACACGCUACUUGCUGCGUGUUGCGUAUCGGGGCAGCUAAAUUCAUGAAAUGGCAUCUUCCUCUCUUCACGCUUGUGCGGCAGGCUUGUUGCAGGCUACGGUUCAGUGCAUGAGGUUGCAUAUCGCAGAUCGGUUCGUGUAUAGUGUUCCCGAUUGGCCUGGCGACCUUUCGAUUCGCACAGCGAUCGAGGCUGGGUCAGGUGUAGAUCUGUGGUCGCGCAACCAAC